AUCAUCUUCAUUGAAGAAGCAACAAGUGAAAGAUGAAUCUCAUUCGUAUUUCUCUCCUCGUUCUUGCAGUUGUUGUAUUGAAUGUAGCAGCAACAGGUUACAGCAGCUACCGUCGCUACUGCAGCGUCUCUAGCAUUCGGUACGGAGCACCUCGAACAGCUUAUCGAGUUCGCUCUGGACGAUCGUACACAUAUGCUUGCAGAAGCGGAUACCGUCUUGUAGGAACAGCUACCAUUCGAUGCACAAGUUCUGGCUGGGCCAAACGUGCUCCAUCCUGUCGCAGAGUUUCAGUUGGAAAAUGUAGACACCCAGGGCGCGUAAGUUACGCUUCUGUUCGUCCAUCCCGUAGCUGGUACACUGCUGGUACAAGAGUGACGUACAGUUGUCGACGUGGCUACACACUGUCUGGCCAAUCUAUCCUCACAUGUCAAUCAAGUGGAAGAUGGUCACACACCAGGCCAACCUGUACCCGAAUCGUGAUUAGGUGCCCAGUCAUCUCCGGGCCAGCUAACGGAUCAAUCAGACCAACCAUCUCCAGACCAGUGAGCUCCGGAACACAAGUGUGGUUCAAAUGCAGCCGUGGCUACCAAAGAGUUGGAGCAGCUGAUGCCGUUUGCCAACGUGAUGGGACAUGGUCGGAAAGUGUACCAAUAUGCCAGCGUUACUGCAGACGACCUGACAAUGUUCGAUUCGCAACCUUCAGUCCUUCCCAGAGAGUCUACACUGCCAGAUCAACCGUUACUUACACUUGCUCUCGUGGUUACACUCUUAGCGGUCAAGCCACAUUAACCUGCCAACCAACCGGUCGUUGGUCACACGACGAACCAACUUGCACCAGAAUCGUCCUCAAAUGCCCAGUCAUUGCUGGACCAGAAAACGGGUCAAUUGAGCCAGUGGUCACUCGCCCAGUGAACCCUGGAACUUCGGUUGAUUUCUCUUGCGAUGUUGGUUACGAAAGAAACGGUGCAUCAGAAAGCGAAUGUCAACGAAAUGGAGCUUGGUCCAACGACGUGCCCAGCUGCGAACCAAUCCAAUGCCCAACACCUGGCGAUAUUGACAACGGUUCCUUUGAUCCAGCAAGUGGUCCAUACGACAUCCAUCAAACAGUAGAGUACACAUGCAGUGGUAACUAUAUCCUUCAAGGUCAAUCUGUCCUUACAUGCUUGGUCAGUGGUGAAUGGUCUCACGAUGAACCAGAGUGUGUUGCUCCAGUAACAUGCUCGCCACCAGAAGAGGCACAAAAUGGUGCAUUCUCACCAGUUCAAGCGGUUUAUGCCAUCGGAACAGUUGUGUGGUACACAUGCAACUCUGGUUAUUCUACAACUGAUAGAAAAGACAUCAUAUGCAGAGAUGAUGGUACAUGGUCGAGCGACGCGCCUGAAUGUGACGCAAUUACUUGCGACCGACCCGACGACAUCGACUUCGGAAGUUUGACCACACCAGGAAACACCUUCAACAUCGGCGCCACAGCAACUUACGUUUGCAACGCUGGAUAUGAGAUCGUUGGUCAGAAUGUCCUCACUUGCACAGUGAGUGGGGAAUGGUCGGACGACGAACCAACUUGCCAGAGAGUUGUUGUACAAUGUGCAGCGCGUGGCGCUCCAGCUUUUGGUUCAGUCUCUCCCAUCAAAGCCGCUUAUGAUGUCAAUGAUGUAGUCUGGUUCACCUGCAGAAGAGGUCUUACUUUGACUGGAAACGGAGACAGCACCUGUCAAAGCAACGGCCAAUGGAGUUCUCCCGUACCAACUUGUGUAAGGCCAUCCUGUAGAAACCGAUGUGGUGACAACUACAACAGUAGCCUUCCAUGUCAAUGUAACUACAGCUGCAUUUACCACAAAAACUGCUGCUCCGAUUACGUUAGCAAGUGUCGCAGACGAUGGUAAAAGAUCCAUGAAGCUUCCAACUAACAAAAAGAUAACUAACACGUAUAACCGAACCUAUUAAAUCUAUAUAAUAAAUAUAAAUGGUGAUAUAA